AUGGGAAGCACAGCAAUGGAUUCUAAGAAGAAGGAUGCAAAGAGGAAGAGUACACGGAAAAGAAGAACGCUUCGGUUGAACAUGCCGGAUCUGAGCUCAUUUGCCAUGCCCUUCCUGGAGGGAGAUGCUGACCCCACAGAGAGAGACAGUGUGCGAAAGGGAGAGGUGAGCUGUCACUCAGCCAGUCCAACCAAAGGUUUCUUUGCCCGGGGUCCGUUCAGCCGGCCUUCCAGUCCCCUGUCUGCCCCAGCCAGGUCCAGGAACAGCCCGGGAUCGCCCAAAACCAUCUUCCCGUACCCCUCCCACCAGGACUCCCCACCCAAGUCACCCCGUCGCCUGAGCUUCCACGGAAUUUUCCGUUCCUCCUCCAAGGACUCUUCCAAUGCUUCAGCCUCCACCUCAACCUCCACCUCUCCCGUCAGUAUCAAACUCUUCUCCCGUGCCAGAAAAGCCUCUGGAAUCUCCUCGCCACCCACCACUCCGACGCAAGUGACCAAACAACCAUCAUCAUUCCCUCCGGAGGCAUCCCGCAAUGAGCCCGACAGGCCAGAGGAGCGGCUGCGCUCGUAUUCCUCCCCCCUGGACACGGGCCAGCGGUUUGGCCUGUCCUAUGCCAAGCCACCACUCACCCCUUCUUCUACCCCCAUCUCUACCUCACGAACGGUCCACGGUUUAACUGAAGGCAUGCUGGAGAAACUUGACAUAGAGGAUGAAGCUGUUGAAGAAUCUGAGAGUGAUAUUUAUAUGCGCUUUAUGAAGUCACACAAGUGCUAUGACAUUGUUCCUACCAGCUCUAAGCUAGUGGUCUUUGACACUACACUGCAGGUUAAGAAGGCCUUUUUUGCCUUGGUGGCCAACGGUGUCCGUGCAGCCCCGUUAUGGGAGACAAAGAAACAGAGCUUUGUGGGAAUGUUAACCAUCACAGACUUCAUCAACAUACUGCACAGAUACUACAAGUCACCCAUGGUACAAAUCUACGAGCUCGAGGAACAUAAAAUAGAGACGUGGCGAGAGCUCUAUCUUCAAGAAACGUUUAAGCCUUUAGUGAACAUAUCGCCCGAUGCAAGCAUAUUUGAUGCAGUGUAUUCACUGAUCAAGAACAAGAUUCACCGGUUGCCCGUUAUCGACCCCGUCACUGGGAAUGCACUUUAUAUCCUCACACACAAGAGGAUCCUCAAAUUCCUUCAGCUUUUUGUGUGUGAGAUGCCGAAACCGGCAUUUAUGAAGAAGACACUGGAGGAACUGGGCAUCGGCACCUACAGCAACAUCGCCUUCAUCCACCCCAACACGCCCAUCAUCAAAGCCCUCAGCAUCUUUGUGGAGAGGAGGGUGUCGGCACUGCCCGUGGUAGACGAGUCAGGAAAAGUUGUUGAUAUUUAUUCCAAAUUCGAUGUCAUUAACCUUGCUGCUGAAAAGACCUACAAUAACUUGGACAUCAGCGUGACUCAGGCCCUGAGACAUCGCUCCCAGUACUUUGAGGGAGUCAUGAAGUGCAACAGACUGGAGACACUGGAGACCAUUGUUGAUAGGAUAGUCAAAGCAGAGGUGCACAGGUUGGUGGUGGUGGAUGAGAACGCCAGCAUCGUGGGCAUUGUCUCUCUGUCUGAUAUCCUACAGGCACUGGUGCUCACUCCAGCAGGAAUGAAUAGGAAGGAGAACACGGCAGAGGCGGAGACUGAAACACAGGUAGGGGCGGAGACUGAAACACAGAUAGAGGCGGAGACUGAAACACAGAUAGAGGCGGAGACUGAAUCGCAGGUAGAGGCUGAGACUGAAUCGCAGGUAGAGGCGGAGACUGAAUCGCAGGUAGAGGCGGAGACUGGAAUGCAGGUAGAGGCAGAGACUGGAAUGCAGGUAGAGGCGGAGACUGGAAUGCAGGUAGAGGCGGAGACUGGAAUGCGGGUAGAGGCGGAGACUGCAGCACAAGGAGAGGCGGAGACUGUGACAGAAGCAGAGGUAGAUGCUGCGGAGGAACCAGAGACGGAUACCGGGGCAGAAAUCGAGGCGGAAACUGGGACAGAAACGCGGGUGGAGACUGGGGCGGAAGCAGAGGCAGAGAAUGGGGCUCACAUGGAGGCAGAGACUGGGGAGGGAACUGGGGCGGAGACUGGGGCUGAAACAAAGGCGGAGCCUGGGGCGGAGGCAGAAGCAGAGGGGAAGGGUGAAGUAGAAGCAGAGUGAUGCUGCAUUUUCCGGGGGGGACAGAUGAGACAUGUGAUGCUGCUGUAAGAGCCUGGAGCUGGAGGUGGAGUUGUGGUUGUGGUGGAGAACUGGCAGUAUCCUGGCCACAGAGGAGUGGCAGAGGAAAGUAUGAGCGCAAGGGCGUGAACCAUGUACUGAUGAAAAAUGGUAAAUGAAUUGGCCUCAGGGGCAACUGCGUGGACCACAAGGAAUCACUUCCACAGAGGGCUACUGUUUUAUCUCUGCCUCUUAAUCUUGUGCUAGAGCAAGCACCCAUAUGAUAACCCACAUCGUUGCUAGAAUGCACCAUCUGAUGUCGUCUCUGUGGUAUAACUCGCAGAUAGACCUAAGACUCUACUCUUCUCU